ACGACGUUUACCCAAGAAGCUUGAGAGUUCUGCCGCGGAGAAGACUCUGCAUUCUGACCGCCAUCGAUAGGAGCCGGAGACUCCAAACCCUCCUCCAUCCUCCACCGUUUACGUGCGGCGGACGGCGGAAACCCUAGUCGCUUUGAAAAUCGCUUCCAAAAUCGCUAUGCUGACGUAUCUCUCGAUCAAAAUUGGCAAUAACCUCUUCUUCUUCUUCGAAAGGCGAAGACGAAUAGUCGAAGACACUCUUCGUUUGGACUUUGAUUCUUUGAAAAUUUGCUUACUUUGAUAACUUGUUUUCUGGGUUCUUCGGACAUUCAAGUUGGCCCCGAUUCCUCGUUCUCUUCUGGAGCAAAACUUCUAAUAUUAUCCUCUGCAUCGACAUAGUCAUUUACUCAUUAUUGCUCUCUUCUCAACCUCAGUGAUGAAAAUAGUAAAGGCAAACGCAGGUGCACUUACCAAUUUCGAAGUGCUUGACUUCUUAAACUCAAGAGGUGCAUCAAAGGAUAUUACAAGAGUCAUAGCUCCAAUUGCUAAAUCAGAGUACAAGGUCUAUGAUUAUUUGGUUGAGACUGCUGCUUUCACUCAAACACGAGAGAGCAUUAACAGAUUCUCCGAAAAGUGCAGAGAUUUCAAAGUCGCGAAAGCUGAGAUUCUCAAUAUCAUCAAUCUCCGGCCAUCUUCUAUUGUCGAAUUGAUGCCGAUCAUAGAGAAGCCCGAUGAUCGGGAAAUCAACUCAGAUGGAAUUCUAGAGCUCGUGCAGGAUUUGCUACCGCCUCUUCCUACAUCUGAGAGUCAUAAAGAAACUGACCAAGAGGAAAAAGAGAGUGGUGAGCAAUCUUAA